AUGUACUCCGCGUACGACCCGCCGUCAUCGCGGUCGCCCGGCUCGCAUCGCCACCAGCCGCAGACGCUGCACCGCCAGCCCUCGCGCCAGUUCGACGCAUACGGACAGCUCCCGCCCGGCGGCCUGUACACAGCAGAGGACCACGCCCGUGGAUACGACCAGCCGCGCAACUACGAGCGCCUGAACGCGACGAUUCACUCAGCAUACAGCUACGACGUGGGCACGCCCGCCUGGAACACAAAUGCCUUUGCCCAAAACACUGCUCUCGGCUCUCUGGGGGGCGCCGCCGCACGCAUGAAGCAGCAAGGACGCGGCCGAAGCGCGCUACCCACGGGAUGGCUUGAUCAGCCGCAAGGUCUCCCAACCUUCGCCCUGCCUGGGCUGGGCACCUCGCACCCGAAUUCGCUGCUCAACCCCAACAUGCAUGCAAAUCAGUAUUCGCAUGACUCAGACGAAGAGCUCAUCCCGACGGCAAUCGUCAUCAAGAACAUUCCGUUCGCCGUCAAGAAGGAGCAGCUGGUACAGCUGAUGACCGACCUGCGCCUGCCGCUACCCUAUGCCUUCAACUACCAUUUCGACAACGGUGUCUUCAGAGGCCUGGCAUUUGCCAACUUCACCACUGCCGAGGAGACGGCCCAAGUGAUCGAGGCAAUGAACCACUUUGAGUUGCACGGCAGGAAGCUUCGCGUGGAAUACAAGAAGAUGCUUCCGCUCGCUGAGCGCGAGCGGAUCGAGCGCGAGAAGCGGGAGCGUCGCGGACAGCUGGAGGAGCAGCACAGGCCAAUGCCUGGGAAUCUGCAGACCCAACCAUCCUUCAGCUCUCUUGCUUCUCACAUACCUGCUACAUCUCCAUCCCCAGUCUCCGGUAUGCGACCUCCCAAACUCGAAGUAGACCUCAACGAUCCCCAAGUUUUGCAGUUCUAUUCCCAGCUGUUGCUCUUCAAGGAGUCAGACGACCGCGAAAGCAUGACCUUCCCAUCCACUUUGGCGCCUACGCAACGGCGCAUCGUUCACACGCUCGCGCACCAGUUGGGUCUCAUGCACAUUUCCAAGGGUGAGCAGCACAACCGUCAGUUGCACAUUUUCAAGGUGCACAACCCCCACAACGGUCAAGGCCUGAGCCCACCCAUGCCGCAAGUACCCUCGAGCCACCCAAAUGAGCAACCCCGUCGCGGGCUCAACCGUGCCGCAACCACGGACUUCAGUGAUGUUCGCGGUUCCGAGGGUUUCUAUAGCGUGUUCGGACGGCAAGCGUCCGGAUUGCUUGGGUUUCCCGAUUCUCCAGGCGGUUUGGCUGCGGCGCCUAAUCUGCGAGCUGCCAAAUCAUAUGCCGAUCUCCGAUCCUAUACUCCUUCCCCGGCGCCUUCGACUGCAAGUCAUCCCAUCGGCCGCCUUGGUGGUCCAAAUAUCGAAGGCCUGUCAUUCGGCGGCGGGGCUACAUCGACAAACCCUAACGGUACUCCAACAACCGGCUCUAUGGCCCAGCGCGACGAGGGUCUGCUGGAGCGUGAGUUGGGUCGUAUGCAGAUCGGAUCAGGCUUCGGGCAGGGCGGAAGCCCACGUGCUCUGCGACAAAUGACAUCCUGGGAGAACCCCGGCCCUAUCGGCGGCCAUCGAACCUUCGGCGGCAACAACUACGAUGACCGCCCGUCGAGGCAACCCCGAGGUCCCCUUCCGGAGCGGGGAACCGGGUUCAGCCGAUCGCGACAGAACGGCCACCAGGGUCGUGGCAGCGAUGAGCUGUCGUCGCAGUCCAACGUGGAGAUUCUCGUCGGACAGUGA